AUGAAGCUUAGAACCCGUUCACCAGCUAUAAGAAGACUUGACUACUUUAUUUUCAAUAUACCAAAUUUAAUUAAUUUUCCCGAAGAUAAAGAUAUUUUUGAUAUUCCUUCCGUGAAUCAAAAUCUUGACAAAGCUGAUCAGUCUUCAAAAAUGCAGCAUGAUGAGAUAGAUGUGUCUCUACUUAGUGAAAAUAACGAAAGAUAUUAUACUCCUACACAAAGUGUCUGUCGGCGUGUGGAACUUAACGAUGGUUCGUCCUAUUUUGAUACUCCUAGACCAUUGUCAGGGAAUCAUGAGAAUCAGCAUGAUUAUGGAUCGCCUACACCUAAAUCGUCUUUGUCUUAUCAAAUAGAUUUGACAGAAGAUAGAAAAGAUAUUUUCAAUAGCAACGAAAAAAGACCUUCCUUUAUGGAAGACUUUACUGAAUUAUCUGAAUCAGGAAAUAAUUUUCAAGAAAGUCCUGAAGAUGAGGUAAGAUGUGAAUCUGUUGCCAAUGAAACCAAUGAGGAAUAUUCACCCAAUGAUGAAGGAGAUGUACAUCCUCAAGACGUCUCUUUUGAUCCAAAUGCCGAAAUGGAAGAUGUAUCAUUAAAACACAAACAGGAUAUUCAAGGAACUUCAGAUUCAGAUGCAUAUUCCUCUCAAAUAGAUGAGGUUCAGAAAACGUUAGAUACAAAUAUGAAGAAUGCUCUGUCAGAAUUUGAAGAAUGCGUGAACGCCAAUAUUCAAGAAAAAUUUGACAACUUUAACAAAAAUACUCAACAAUAUAUCGAAUCUAAAGUCAAAGAUGAAAUUUUGAAAUCACUAAAGUCCAAUGAUGAUAAUAUCUCAUUUAUAAAUAAUAUGGAAUCAAUAAUUGAUACUAAAGUUGAUAAAUACAUCCAUGAACUCGGUCUAAAAUUUGAUGAUAAGUCUGAUGUCAAGAGAAUCGAUGAUGAAAACGGCAAAGAAAUUAACCACAAGAAGAGUGUAAUUGAAGGCAAGGACAGUCAAAAUUGUGAACUAGCCUACAAAUUGUUAGAUUCUGAAAAUGAUAUAAAAGUCAAAUAUUCAGAAAUCGACAAGAAAAUUUCAAAUGUUGAAAUUUCUCUCAAAAAAUUUCAAGAAAAUAAUUUUAAACCUGAAGUAACUCAAUCAAAAAUUAACGAAUAUCCUGAUUUCAAUAACGAAUUUCGAAAUUUACAAGAUUUGAAUAAAGAAACUGAGCAAAGAGUUCAAAUUAUCGAAAAUAAUAUUGAUAAGUUAAAACAAGAAGUGGAGUGUUUAGAACUCAAAGCAAAGAUCAAUGAAUUGUUGGAAAAUAAGUUUAAAGAGUACAAUGGAAAGAUCAAUGGUACUGAAGAAGCAGUGAUUGGUCUUGAAAAUAAAUAUCAAGAAUUGAGUGUGCAAACCACAAAAAUUCUUGAUUCCAUCAAGAAAGAAGUGGAUGAAGUCGAUGUUCAAAUAGAUGCUUUGAAAAAAAGGGACGAAUCGAUAGAGGAAUUGAUCCUUAAAGAAAUUCAAGAGUGUGAAAAUGGAAUAUUAAGUCGACUUAAAGAAGACAGGGAAGCCAAACUAGCACAAAUGAUCACUGCCGUAAAAGAGGAGGCCGCAAAAGUAAUGGAGCGGGUAGAUAUUCUAGAAGCUUCUGAUAAUACUUUAAGCAACAUUUUGAAGGAAAAUGAAGAGAAAAUUAUGAAAAUGAUCGAGGAUGUUAAAAUGGCUACCGACAAAAUUAUUCAAGAACAAAUUAGAGAAGCGAUCAAAAAAUAUACGAGCGAAUAUGAUGAAACGGUGGAGCAGCGGAUUCUUGAGGCCGUUCAACAGUACGAAGAGCGAGUCAACAAACUUGAAGAUACAUCUUGUGAACUUGAAAAUAUAUUCACGGAAGAAAUCAAAACAUCAAAGGAAGAUAAACUCCGUUCUUUUGAAGAAGAUAAUCAAAAAUUAAAAGAAUCUAAGCGAGAAUAUAAAGAAAAGUUGUUGGAAAAAGAUAUGGAGAUACAAGAGCUUAAGGUUACGGUAGCAUCCAAUCAUUCUUCAGUUAUACGGCUUGAAGAAGAUAAAGCUUCAUUGGAAAGGAAGGUAAGUGACUUGAAGACAGAGCGAAAGCAACUAGAGAAUAAGAUCAAGGACUACGAGAAUAAGUUUCAUGAAGCUGAUAGACGGUACCGAACCAAAAUAUUGGCUAAUGAGGAAGAUUUAAAACACCUUAAACAAGAAGUUGAAAGAUGUGAAAAGUUGGCGCAAAAAGUCGGGAGCGAGACAGUUCGAUACAGAAGAUUGUUAAAUUUUGUGGCCAUUUUAUGUGGUCAUACAAUGGAAAUGAUACAACUUUUACGAGAAGUCGACUUCAAUUCAUUAUAUCAACCGCGAAUAUAUAUAGUAGCACAAGGUGACCAUUUGAGCUCUGACAAAAUUAGAGCUUUUGAAAGGCAUAAAGGCGGAACAGAAAAUGUCGAUUUUCUAGUUAAAAUUAUUCCUCGAAGUCGUAAUGUUGGUCAAUCAUGGCUAUCAACUCCUUUUAGCGUUUUUAAUGCAUUAUUUUCAUGCAUUAAAAUCAUAUUGCUUGAUUUACCUGACUUGAUAAUAUGUAAUGGACCUGGAAGUUGUAUUCCUGUUUGUGUAAUAUCUUACAUUCCGCGGAUACUUGGAAUAAAAUGGAUCAAGUUAAUAUAUGUAGAAUCCUUUGCUCGUGUUCGCACAUUGUCAUUAUCCGGAAAAUUGUUAUUAAGAUUUGUUGAUAGAUUUAUUGUUCAAUGGCCAUAUCUUGAACAAAAAUAUCCACAAGCUGAAUAUAGAGGAAUGCUGGUAUAA